AUGAUGUUCAACUUGAAUUCAAACAUAGGAUCACUUAGGUGCCUACAAGAUGAGACUAGUAAUAAUGUUAGAGUGGUUGACCUCAAGGCUGUUGGAUCUUUUAUUAAAUUCACUCCUGAUGCAUCUGAAGUGAUUAUGUGGCUAGGAGACAUCUUUAAAGCCAAAGUUGUGGAUACAACAAAAUACUCAUUGACAAUAGAGGUCACUGGGGAUCCUGGGAAGAUGGUUACUGUUCAGAGAAACUUAGCCAAAUUUGGAAUCAAAGAGCUCACAAGAACAGGGACGGGAGAUGUUUAUCCUGUGGAGUACUAUAAUAAGUUCUCAAUGAAUCAAGUCCUUGACCCCCAUUGGGGUGUGCUUUAUGAAGAAGAUUUAACUGGUCAUAAGUCUCACACUAUGAACAUUCUUGUCAAUAAUGCUCCUGGAGUUCUCAACCUAGUCACCGGAGUUAUAUCCAGAAAGGGUUACAACAUCCAGCGAAUAGCUCUGGAGUUAGAAGAGGAAAAGAAAGCUCAAGCUGAAAGAGAUAAGAUGUUGCAAAUGCAAGUGUUGCAUUCUUCGUUUCAAUUGUUAGUAUGA